GAGUUCCACCAGAUCAAAGUCUGGCGCAGUCCUGGGGGUUGGCCGUGCAAGCCGCAUACAUUCGCAUGGUCAAUGAUUGCGGAUUCUGCUUGGAGAAGAUGAUGGCGCGGCGUAACAUGUUUCUGGACAGGCUGGAAGAUUCCAAAAAGGAGAACAAGGAGCAUGCGCUGCAGAUGGCUGUCCUAAUGCAGACCACGACGAACUCCAGGGAGCUCCUUGACGA